AUGGAACGGCUGUGGAAGGCGACUAGUUGCGAAGCUACGACCAAAAGGCACACAGAUCGUGGUACUCCGCUUCACGCUAAGAGCCUGAUGCACGAAAUAGAGCCGCAUCGAGAUCCUCGCCAUGAUCACGCUGCUGUCCAGGGAAUACCUGAUCUCUCACAGGUCGACGGUAUGGUACAUGCUUCGCGUAACGUGGUACCGUACCAUCCAGAAGAAUAUGCCCUCGUGGUUGCGAUCGUCGCACAACGUGGAACUGAAACUGUGCCGCUCCCUAGGUAUACGUCACGUUUCACAAAAAAGAAACAGAAAAAACGUGGCAUGUGUAACGAACGGACUCAGAUUGCGUACUAUGCCCUGUCGAAUAUAGAUAGAAGCGUACCUAGGUACAAUGGGUGGAUGAGUGGAUGGCUGGGUGGGGAGGUGAGGUGUGGUGGUGGUGGUGGUGCGCUCAACAACGGGCCAAUACCAACGACAAACUAUUCCGAUGCCGAGGCCGGCUCAUUUUGGAUACCUACCUCUUAUAGUACAUGUACUGUACCUUAUGACCACUACCACUACAUGGCAACAAACCAAAGCACCACCCUUCCAGUCACAACACAUCAGAUGAAGUGGGUUUUGGUUUUUGCCCUUGCCCUUGACCCCGGCCCCGGGCCCGGCCCCCCCAAGAAAAGCUACGUGCACUGGGAAAACUAG